GUCUAAGUCUGGAACGCAACUGUCAAACUGAUGUCAUGAUCACCUGUACAUAACCUAAAAGUUCUUCUCGAAUUUAUUAUUAAAAAUAUUGCAUUUAUCUUCCAAAAUGAGGCGUCAAAUUUUAUGUUUAUCAACGAAAGUAACGCAAAACAGUUGCACUAAAGCCCUACCAUUGACAAGAUUUCUAAGUAGUCAGGAAGCUAUAGAUCGUCGUUAUCACCUAUUUACGUUAGAGAAGAAGCGACAAUUGGAAAAUGUAGGCCGAAUUGAGAAAAUUGAGGUUCAAUACAAAGGUGUACCAAAAAGUUGCACUUUAAUAAUGAAUAAGGGAAUCUCAACACCUUACGAUUGUGCUAGACAUUUAGGUGAAUGGCAUGUAGAGUCUAGUGCAUUAGCACUUCUUGAUGGCUCAGUCUACUGGGAUAUGCACAGACCUCUCACUGAAAACUGCACUUUAGAGCUUCAAAACUUUACGGUAUCAGAGCCACAGCAGGUUAACAAGGCGUUCUGGCGGACCUGCUCGUUCAUGCUCGGCGCGUGCGCCACUGUCGCCUUCAAGGACACAGUGCCCGUCAAAUUGCACAGCUUUCCCGGACCUGACAUUCGCAGUGGCUCUUUCAUAUAUGACGUGGACCUGCCAACCCUGAGCGACUGGAAGCCGACACACCAAGAGCUGGUGACCCUGGCUGCGGAAUACAUCAAGCUGGCGAGGCUGAACGAACCGCUCGAGAGGCUCGAAGUUGGCGAGGAACUGGCUCUGGAGAUGUUCGUCGAAAAUGAACAUAAGACCAAACAGAUCCCCAGCAUUGCGAGGCAGAAUGGUAAAGUGACACUCUACAAAGUGGGUAAACACGUAGAUAUCUCCAAGGGUCCUAUGAUAAGCACGACUGGACAAAUUGGCCGCGUCGCCAUCGCAUCUGUUCACAAGUUAAAUGGUUCAGCAAGCGGUGGUUUGAAGCAGCUGUACAGGUUCCAGGGGGUGGCGCUACCUGCUGGCGUCAUGAUGAACCACUUCACCUUCUCAAUACUCGCGCAAAGAGCUAAGAAAUUGAACACUGUGAAAUCCCCGAUACCGAAGCCAGUGGAAUCUGAAGAAAAAGAAAGCAUAGCGAUGAAAGGCUGAGCCCUAUACAUGUAGCAUAGUCCCUAGUGUUAUAUAAGUAGUUACAUAGUUAUAUAUU